CCCUUUAGAAGAAUUUUAUGCUGUUUUCAUAUCCAAUGAUAGGAGGAUGAUUCCACUCUGGAAGCAGAAAUCGGGACAUGGAGAUGAGCCUGUUGUCUGGCUGCUUCUGGCAGCUAAGCACUCGGCACUCAAAUUCACAGACCGUGUUACUGCAAGAGGACUACCAUGUUAUUCUACUUCAUGUUUCCAGCGGGGAGCAGAACUUCAUUUAUGAUCUUGACACAGUGUUGCCGUUUCCGUGUCCUUUUGACAUGUACAGUGUGGAGGCCUUUAGGUUGGAUGACAGCCUUCGUCCAGAAUUUCACAGGAAAAUCAGAAUGAUUCGAGCAGAUUUGUACUUGAAGACAUUUGCUUCAGACAGAUCUCAUAUGAAAGAUGCAAAUGGGAAAUGGCAGAAACCUCCUCCUUCAUACCCUUGCAUUGAAACCGCAGACUCCAAGAUGAACUUGGAUGAUUUCAUCAGUAUGAAUCCCAAAGUGGGAUGGGGCUCAGUGUUUCCCCUUCCGGACUUUGUGCAUCGCUUUGGCAGACAGACUGAUUACAGCUAUUCCUUGGAAGGACAGUGAAGUGAACAAAGAAGUUCUCCCUGCUUCUGUUUUGAGCGGGUGUGUUUUGUUUUGCUGCUCUUACGUUGUAUUUAUAGUUCACGUUUCUUUACAUGGAAUAAGUAUAUGGGCAAAUAGAAUACCCAAUCAGCAAUAUCAUGAACUGAAUAAAAACUUUUAUUUUGAUUA